GGCGUCGUGAUGAAACCAGAGGGAUGCGAUUGCAGGAGGAAGGGAGGCCCGGUCGACGACCCGCCGCUCUCAUCCCCGCCAACCCCUUACCUCGCUGCGGGGUGCUAGGCCGAUAUUGUCGCGUCUGCGCGAUGAACAACGUACGAGACAGUCGGGCUAAACGGGUUCGCGGUAGAGACGUGCCGUCGCGGCGUCGUGUGGCGUCGGGACGCGUGUCAACUCCUCGCCGAUUUCGGUAGAGGCGCCUGACCGUGGUGUUGAUGGCACCCCAGCAACAGCAACAACCAGGGUGCUCGCCACGGACAUCCUCGCGCGAUCAUGAACAGCUCGCCGCAAAACACGAGCACCGCCGGCACCGGGCAACGUCGAACAGCCGGUGUCGAUAACAGCGACGAGGAGGAAUGGAGCGGCGUCGUCGAAUGUGCCGUUCUUGAGAGAACCAAGUCCGAUAGGGUUGCACGCGCUGAUGAAGAUAGACGUCGCCGGACGAUCAUCGUUGAGAAGAAAAACGGCACGUACGGUUUCACGUUACAGAGCUACGGAAUACACUACAAGAGGGAGCAGGAAAUAGAGAUGGUAACUUACGUGGAUUACGUGGAAUAUGAUGGACCAGCGUUCAAAGCUGGUAUGCGGGAGGGUGACGUGAUACUCUCUAUAAACGGCCACGAGAUGGACAGGGCUGAUCACAAAACUCUAGUGAACUUUAUCAAGAACUGUGAUACCAGAAUGCGGAUGGUCGUGUCCUUCGAAGACUGUGUCAGAAAGGUGGAAUUACACAUGCGUUAUAUCGAGUUACAACGCGCUCUCCAGUCUCGUUUAGGCGAACUGGAGAGGUUGUGCGAGAGAGAACGGUCUAUUUUAAUGGGACGAUGGAAAACCCAUUCACUGCCAGCGCGCAAAAGAACGCCUAAUAGCAUCGGCACUAAUCUCAACCAACCAUCGCCCUCUUCUAGCUUCAACUCUUCCACGAUUCAAUGCUGCCGGCCAGCAACCUCCACUGAGCACCUUCUACUUUAUAACGUGUUCGCGGAUGGACGACCAUGUCUUAUACCACGUAGCGCCGCUUGCCUUGUGACAGUCGGUCCGCCUCGUUCUCGCAGCGACCAUCAUCACUUUCUCUCGAAGAUAUCAAGCGAAUCCGCGGUGACCUCUUUGCGCCAUAGUUACCAUCAGGCAAACGGUAUGAUGGGUACACCUGCAAAGAGUAAAUCUCACAAACAAUCCUGCCAGCAGCAGUCAUCGGCUGCUGGUGAAGGACCAUCAUUACACUCGGCUCCUCAGAACAAUCUUUGUGUCGCUUGCAUCUCCAGCGCAAAUCGUCGCCGAGAGCAAUCCGACAGCGUUAGUCUAGAUGCUUAUGAUCUCGCUAGUCCCUGCUGCGAUCCGAAUUGCGUGCCUAGUCGUCGACGUCGUGAGAAACAACGACGCGCUCGCAACGAACAAGCUCUCCAUCAACAGCAGCAGCAGCAGCAGCAGCAGCAACAACAGCAACAACAGCAAGCCAAUAUACAACACCAUCACGCUCAAGGACGAGAUCAACAAUCGCAGCAACAGUCGCAGCAGCCUAACACUCACAGUUGCCCUCGCACAUCCGGCCAUAGUCUUCAUUCAAUUACCAGUAGUGAUGUCUCGACGACAGCCGAAAGCGUCGCCUCCUGCUCCACUAGCCUCAGCACCGACACCCUGUACUGGGACCCGAGUGUGCACCAGCGACCACCGCCGUGCCUUCAGUACGCCAAACCUAAAUCCUGGGAUAAUCUAACUACCAAAGCCUUCGGCGGUUACGGCUUCGGUUAUGGUUAUUUGGACACUGUGACUAUCAAAACCCACAGCGCGGAACGUCCUGGUAAAGGAUCACACAGCAGCGGCGGCGGUAGUGGCAGAUCAAAGACGCCAGUCGGUACCAUACAGCGAAAGAACAGCGGUGCCAGCGGCAGUACUGCAUACUCUACCGCGACGAGUUCGACAGUCAGUCGACACUUCCAGCCGACCAAGUCGACGGAGAGCUUGCUCAUUCCGCUGGGACCAUACCAAGGCGAUCUCGACCAGGCAAGUCUAAGCUGCGAGUGCCUGGACGGCGGUGGAGCUGGAUCACGAUUUAUUCAGCUAGAUAAACAUAAGCGCGUUGAUGAGGCGGGAUACGUCUCGUUGACCCACGCGCAAGUCAGACAUCGACGGUCUAGUCAUUCCGACGGAAAACUAAGGGCUAUCAAUAAUCCCGAAGUCACGCGAUUGUAAUAUGCUUUAAAUAUGUCUUAAAUCAAGCUAUAUGCUAAUAAAGCAUAAAUAUAUAUUG